AAGAGAAAAUCUUUUUUCAAAAGAAAAUUAAGCAAUAUGAGCCUAAAAUUUGCCACCAAUUUAUCAUUUAUGUUUACAGAGGCACCAUCUAUUAUUGACAGAUAUAAAUUAGCAAAAGAAGCUGGUUUUAAAGCAGUAGAAAGUGGAUUUCCUUUUGGUUUAUGUAUUGAAGAUAUAUUGAAAGCUAAAAAAAAUGCAAAUGUUGAACAGAUUCUUAUAAACGUAUUUACAGGUGAUGUUUCAAAAGGAGAAUUAGGGUUUGCAGCGAUACCAGGAGAAGAAGAAAACUUUAAGAAAAGUAUUGAUUUAACAAUAGAAUAUGCAAAAGCUCUAAAUUGUAAACGAAUUCACGUAAUGUCAGGCAAAGUAAAUGAAGUAACAAUUACUAAUGAUGAUGUUUAUAUAAAAAAUCUUUUAUAUGCAGUAGAGAAAUUUCAAAAAGAAGAAAUUGUGGCUCUUAUAGAACCUAUUAAUAAUAUUACUGUACCAAAUUAUUAUAUGAAUAGUUUCCAAAAAGGUUUGAAUGUAGUAAAGAACAUAAGCAGCCCUAAUUUAAAACUACUACUUGAUAUCUUUCACUUGCAGCAUAUUUGUGGCAACAUUACAAAAAAUAUCAAAGAACUUUUACCAUAUACAGGUCAUGUACAAAUUGCCCAAGUUCCAUAUAGACAUGAACCUGACACUUCUGGGGAAAUAAAUUAUAAAUAUGUUCUCUCUAUUUUAGAAAAGGAAGGGUAUAAUGGAUAUGUUGGUUUGGAAUAUUUUCCUAAAUUAUCUUCAGUAGAUGGAUUAAGUUGGAUACAAAAAUAUGGUUACAAAUUAUAA